AUGAUGCGCAGCUUCAGCGGGACACAGCGGACGUUCCUGCUCGUCAUGCUGAUGUGCGGCUUUUCGGCUAUGGUCACGGCACAGUCGUUGGCUAGUGAGUUUUUUAUUAUGUUUUAGGGGGGGGGAUUAAGUAUAGGGCGUUCACAAAUGUUUAAAUAAGGUAGGGCAAAAUUAAAUUUGUAGGAAAAAAUGAGUAAUCAAGAAGUUUUAGGCUUAGUUUCAAAUUGUUAGGCUUAGGUACACAUUUUUAGGCUUAGAUGCUCGUUUUAGGCUUAAGUACACAUUUCUAAGCUUAUGUACACAUUUUAGGCUUAUUUUGUAAUUUUUAGGCUUAGGUACGCAUUUUUAGACUUAGGUAAACUUUUUUAGGCUUAGUUACAGAUUUUAGGCUUAAGUACACAUUUCUAAUGUGUAUACACAUUUUAGGCCUAGGUAUACAUUUUUAGGCUUAGAUACCAAUUUUAGGCUUAGGUACGCAUUUUUAGGCUUAAAUACACUUUUUUAGGCUUAAGUACACAUCUUAGGCUUAGGUAAACAUUUUCAAGAUUAGGUGCACAUUUUGGGCUUAGGCACGCAUUUUUAGGCUUAUUUACACUAUUUUGAGGUUUAAGAAGAGGUCUUUGGCUUGUUCGAAAGUUUUAGGCUUAUAAUGUAGUUUUAGGCUUAAGUAAACAUUUUUAAGCUUAUAUAAAUAAUUUUUAGGCUUACGCAUCUAAUUCUAGGCUUACGCACUUAACUUUAAGCUUAAAAUAGAUACUAACUAGGGUAGGGUAGGGUAGGGUACGGUAGGGUAGGGUAGGGUAGCGUAGGGUAGGGUAGGGUAGGGUAGGGUAGGGUAGGGUAGGGUAGGGUAGGGUAGGGUAGGGUAGGGUAGGGCAGGGUAGGGUAGGGUAGGGUAGGGUAGGGUAGGGUAGCGUAGGGUAGGGUAGGGUAGGGUAGGGUAGGGUAGGGUAGGGUAGGGUAGGGUAGGGUAGGGCAGGGUAGGGUAGGGUAGGGUAGCGUAGGGUAGGGUAGGGUAGGCUAUAAAACUGACACCGUAAUUUUUAAUAAUUUCCGCUUAUUUUACGCAACUACUCGAUGUUUGAAGACGCUUCUGCGGUUCGAAACCAGUUGAUUUUUUGUUUAGAUUCACGCUACUUAAAGCCGUCCUUAUUCGAUUAAAAACGGAACAUUUUUUGUCGGAUUGAUGGGAUUGAGUAAUGGGAUGCAACAAAACUGGUUGUGUUCGGUUUUUGCCGUCGAAAAGAGUCAUUUUGACUGUUUUUUUUUAAUUUAAAAAAAAUUUAAAAAAUUUAAAAAAAAUUUCGAAAUUUUAAAAUCUUUGGAAUUUACAAGGAAAGUACCCCUGCCCCGCUCUAAUUGUCUUCAAACUUUUAUAUAUUAGGUUGUUCACAUAAUUCUGCGCCCACGUAUUCCACAAACUAGCUUUGAGAAGGGGCACAGAAUUAAAUGAACAAGCUAAUAAAAAGAUUAUGUAAAUAUAAGAUGUUCAGCACAUUACUAGACCGCGCUUUCCAGGAAAUCUCGAGAAAAUCGAGAGGUCAAAAAAUUAGGUUUUGAAUUUCUUGCCAAAUUGGCAUUGUGUUUCAAGCUUACAACUUUGCCAUUUUUUGACUUUUAUGAAUUUUUCUUUGAUAUACUAGUAGAAUACCUAUAAAUGAGCCUACUUUUUUAAAUUUGUAAGCGUAUCUUGUCUGAAAAGGCAAAAAAAAGUGCUUGAAACACAAUGCCAAACUUGCCAAAUUGGCGGGAAAUCAAAAUAAUUCAAAUUUAAAACUCAAAAGCGCGAGCUAAAAUUUUUUAUUGGUAAAAUUUCAUUUUAUGUUGCCGCCAAAUAAACAAAAAUCAAUAUAAAUUUUAAAAAAAAACGAGGUGAAAAAUCGUAUUUUACAAUAAAAAAAUUAAAAAUCCACCCCCACUUUACCCUAGCCCUACUAGUUAUUGAAAAAAGUAAUGGUUACAAAGUGCAAAAAGAAAAAAAAUUGGGCGUGCCCGGUUAGCUCAGUCGGUAGAGCACCAGACUCUUAAUCUGGCUGUCGCGGGUUCGAGCCCCGCAUCGAGCUAAGGCUCUUUUUGAUGAAUUACUGGGCUAAAAAGUUGUUUUUUGGGAUUUUAAAGUGUUGGAAAUGUAAAAUACGCUUUUCUUAAGCUUUGCCUAUUUAAAUUUUAGAAUUUUAACUUUGUUUUUUACUUAAAAUUUUAAAAAAUUUAGCUUUUUCUCUUAAAACAUUUUAAAAUUUUGCCAUUUUUUCUAUUUUUUAGUAAUGUUAAGCCUCAAAACCAAAUUUUAUAGACCUAAAAAUGACUUUUUUUAAACUUUUUGAUCAUUACUUACCAUCAAAACCCAAUUUUCAGACAGCUUCUUCACCGAACCCGACACAUUUCCCGGUUUUACGACGCGGGUCGGGCCAAAAGCUCUCGAUUUAAUGGCUGAAUACCUAAAACAACGUGUAAAUAAGUUUAUGAAGUUUGGAACAGUAGCAUACAACUUGACCGUACCGUUAACACCAUUGGUACGGUUUUCGUUAUUAUCAAAUGGCGUAUCCGGCUUUGAUGGGAGCAAUUUUCAGUCUGGACUAAAGGUUACUCCGAACAAGGAGUUAUUGUGGACUGUAAGUUGAUUUUUAGCUUUAUAAAACAUCAAAAAAGCAAAAAAAUCUUGAUUUAUAGCCCAUCUGUCUCUAUAUUUUACAUUUCUGUAACUAUUUCCCCUUGUCGCAAAAUGCCAAGAUUUGGCGCCAAAACAAAAAUUUGAAUUUUUUCAAAAGUCAAAACCGUUUUCAGGGCUCAAACAUGAAAAUCACGAUAAACUCAAUAUACCGAGUGACCAGCAGUGCAGGCGAAGUGACUGGUUCAGUUCCAGUGACUUUCGACCGGUCGACCGUCGAGCUGGCACUUCAAACAGCCGUCAACACUGAUGGACACUUGAAGACGGAUUUACAAAGAUGUCGUGUACUAUUGAAUGAUAUUCAUUUUGAAUUCGCGCAAUCUGAUGCUGAUCUUAUUAGAAACUACAUGCCUUUUAUUCAUCGUGCUGUUAGGGAUCAGGUUGAUAAUGUAAGUUGAUAUUGGGUUCUGGCACGAAAACUUUUUUUUAGGAUUGAAAAAAAUGAAAAAAAAAAACAUUAAAAAAACUUAAAGUUUUUAAAAUUUUUACAUUUUUUAUUAUUUUUUAAAAUUUUUUAUUUUCUGUGUCCCACUACGAAAACAUGAUUUUUUAUUUUUGAGCUUUUAAUCGAUAUAAACUAGAAAGAUGUUAAAAAACAACUCAGAGUUAGAUAAAUUUUUAUAUUUUUUACCAUUUUUUAAAAAUUUUUAUUUUUUGGGUCCCACUACGAAAACUUGAUUUUCUAUUAAAUUGGCUUGUAUAAGGUCUAAAAUGGUAAAACUAGCGCAAAUGUUGUUACAUAGUGUUAAAGAAACACAAUUUCAGCUUCUCUGCCCCACCUUCCACGCCGAACUAGUACCAGUCAUCUCCAACCGCCUGCUCAACACGCCGAUGAGCGCCGCCCUAUUCGACCACUACUUUAUCAACUACGGCCUAAUGGGACCACUACUCUACAAUCACGACGGUCUUGAGCUGCGUCAUCGUGGUAAUGUGUUUGGCAUUCUGAGACAAGGCCGUACCAGAUUGAACGAUUUCCGUUUGCCAUUCAGAAGUGCACCAUUGUACAGUCAGCCGGAGAACAAGCACAUGGUCAGCUUUCAGAUGAGCAACUACACUUUGGCUUCGUUGAUGUUCUGGAUGGAUCAGUAUAGGUGGGUUAUGUCUUUCUUGAUACUUUUUUUUUAAUUUUGAGACAUUUUUGGUUUAAAAUAAAAUAUGUCAUGAUGACACAUUUUUUCAAAAAACGUGUUACUAAGACAGAUAUAUUUUUUUUUUUAUAAAUGGCAUGAUGAGUUAAAUAUUUUAGUUAUAAAAUUUGUUUUUUAAAAAUAAAGUGAAAAUAUGUCAUGCUGACACAUUUUUUUCCUCAUGAUGAUACAUUUUUCUAAAAAGAAAUUCAUAAUUACACAUUUUUUAAAGUUUUUUUUUAAAUUUUUUUUAAAUCUGUCAUUAUGACAUUUAUUCCGAAAAAAUAUGUCACGAUGACAACUUUUAUUCUAAAAAAUCUGUCAUAAUAACCUGCAAAAUUCUAAAAAAGCUUGGUAUGCUGACAUUUAAAAUUUAAAAAACUUGUCAUGAUGACCUGCUGAAUUCUAAAAAAAAUUGUCUUGCUGACACCUUUAAUUUAAAAAUCUGUCAUGCUGACACCAAAAAAUUUAAAAACCUGUCAUGCUGACUUUAUUAAAAUUUCAAAUUUCAGAAAAUUCGACUACGAAAUCAGUAAAACGAGCGUGAACGACAGUAACAUUGCCGGUUACCUUCGCACGGAGUGUGGUCCACAAGACAUUUGUGCAGGAACUUUGUUUCCAGCUUUGGCCGCCAAGUUUGCCAAAGGCGUGGUAAACAUAAAAACCCACACCGUCACAUUCCCACACGUUCGGAUCGAAAAUGGCAAGGUGAAGGUGAUCGUGGACAGUCGAAUUGACGCUUUUGUCGCCGUGAGUUGGGAAAUAACAAAUCUUUUAAUUAUGUCAUGAUGACAAGAGCCGGGCGGGUUAUUUUGUUCCUAUAUAAAACUGGAGAGAUCUUUAGGCUUACUUUUAGGCCUUAGAAGGAAAUUUAAGGCUUAAUAACGGGUCUUAGGCUUAGAUAUACAUUUUUAGGCUUAAGUACGCAUUUUUAGGCUUAGGUGCACAUUUUUAGGCUUAGAUAUACAUUUUUAGGCUUAAGUACGCAUUUUUAGGAUUUGAUACGCAUUUUUAGGUUUAGGUACACAUUUUUAGGCUUAAAAACAGAGUUUAGGAUUAGAUACACAGUUUUAGGCUUAGUUACACAUCUUUAGGCUUAGGUACACAUUUUUAGGCUUAAUUACACAUUUUUAGGCUUAAUUACACAUUUUAGGCUUAAAAACAGAGUUUAGGAUUAGAUACGCAGUUUUAGGCUUAGUUACACAUUUUUAGGCUUAGAUAAACAUUUUUUACGGGUGUGUUUUUAUUUUUGAAUGGGUGAGGAUAUUUUGAUUUAUUCAAACCUCUUUUUUCAAAAUCUGACCGUAUUUUAGCAACCAGACAAGAACCGUCGCUUCCUCACGGCCAAUAUGUUGGCCGAAUUGGUGCUGUCCAAGGUUCAAUUCAAGGACUACACCAUUACUGGCAAACUGAACAUUGAUUCAUUCAAAAUCAGCGACGUUGUGUCACUUGUUGAUGGCAUUGACGCCAAUUCGAUCGAGUUCCUGAUCAACGCUUUGAAUGACUUGAUUUUGAAUGACGAAAUUUCGAAAAAAUUAAAGGAUGGUAAGGCAUUUAAGGUUAAAGAUGUAUGAUAUGCGAAUAGCGGGUCCCACCACGAAAACAUCAUUUUUUUAUAAAAAUGUUGUUUUUAUUGUAAGAAUGGGUUUUAUGGGUAAGAAUAGUUAGGUUUUUACAAUUUUCAAUGAUUUUCGUGAAUAUUUUUAAAUUUUUGGGUCCUGCCACAAAAACUUGAACUUUUAAAAUUUUUGCUUUUUUUGAUAAAAGUUGCAUAUGUAGGACAAUUAAGACGUCUCAAGGCCGUUUUUAAGUUAAAAUUUUAAUUUUUAUUGCAAAAAUUUUAAAGUUGUGGGUCCCACCGCGAAAAAAUUACUUUUCAAAAGCAUCCCCUUAUAUUCAACAAUUUUUAGGUAUAAAACUGCCCAUCGUAUUUGAUUUCGAACAAGCCUCGUCGGAAGUGAUUUUCGAAGCCGACAAAAUGACAAUUCAUGCCGACUACUGCUUCGAGGAGGGCUGUAAACAAGUACAACAAGCGGCCAAAGUGGAGACUAGCCAAGAUAUGGACGUAAAUUACUAUGAUGCCGCGGGCUAA